AUGGCGAACAGAAAUUCAGUUUCAACAACAAUGCUGGUAUUCUUCUUCUUCACCAUAUUUAUUAUUCUUACAACAACAACAUCACUAAUGGAGGCUUACUCUGAUAACAAUAGUAAUCAUGAAAUGGGUUGGAUUUCAACAACUACUACUAGAUCGUCAUCAUCAAGAUUAUCAAGAUGUGAAGGUUCAACAGUAGGAGAUUGUGAAAACGAUGAAAUGGAUUCAGAGAUUAAUAGAAGAAUAUUAGAAACAACAAAGUAUAUAAGUUAUGAAUUGUUAAAGAAAAACAGUGUACCCUGUUCUCAGAAGGGAGCUUCUUAUUAUAAUUGUAAACCUGGUGCUCAGGCUAAUCCUUAUAAUCGUGGUUGUUCUGCCAUUACUAAAUGUAGGAGUUAA